GCGGCCGGGGCGGGCGGCGGAGCGCGCCCGGCGGCGGGAGCGGCGCUGGGCAUGGGACGGGACGGGACGCUGCCCCGGCGGGUACCUGUGUCACCAGUGUGAGAGAGGAAUCUCCCAAGCACACUUGGAUUUUUUGUCUGUACAUGCUACUGGAUUAUCUACCUUUUACUGACCCACGCAAAAACAGAGAAAAAGGAUCGAACAGAAAUUCUUGACUUGUCACUUCUGCCUAAGAACUGACUGGAUUUUAUGGCCUCUGCUGGAGAAGCUACCUGGACCAUUAGAAAUGGAGCAGCUCGUGCUGCAGCUCUGCUGAGCAAGGCUUUCUGCAUAGAAUAAGAGCAUCAAGGUGCCUUAAGUUAAACCAUAUGCAAGUUGCACUGGUUGUUGUAACUCUGUUGCUGAAACCACUCCAGACUUCUCCAGGGCUUUCCAAGGUAGUAGCUCCUCACACUGUUUGGAUGUUUCCAAUUGAGAUUUGUAUGUUUUCAUCCAAUCUGGUGCGGCUGUGAAAAGUGAGCUUUUCCCUGUGAAGUUCAUGGUGAGUUUUGCAGCCUCUCUUCCCAGCGUGAUCUGUGCUAUGGCAGCGACCUACAGGCUGAUGGUGACUUCAGUGAACUGCUACAGCAAUGUGGUGGUAGAGCAGCACUCCCAGCACACUGUGCACUACUGCACAGGCUCCUGCCAGCUCCUCAAACAGGGACUCAACUGCAUAGUUGCACACCACAGUGUCUGUGCAGAGCUCAGUGUCCAAGAUGCCAACCUGGACUAUAAAAUUCCUCUUCCUGAAAAUGGUCUUGCCUUGGCUGGAAAUGAGGACUAUCACCAAAUGCUCCCACAUAAUCCAAGAAUCAAGAAGGGGUCUUCAGUGCAAGCCUCCAGCAGUUUAAAAGACAUUACUGGUGAGGCAAUAAACCUUGCCAGUGGUAAAAUAAAGGAAUUCUCCUUUGAAAAGCUCAAAAACUCUUCCAGUCAUGUGGCUUACAGAAAGGGAAGGAAAGUUCGGUCAGACUCUUUCAACAGACGAUCCUUUGAUUUUGACUUGAUUUAUGGGCACUUCAACAAUGAUGAGAACUGCCCUCCAUGUGGCUUUUUGCAGAGUCCUUCACCUGUGGAGAAAUGGCAGGAGAGCAAUGAUGCUCCAGAAGUCACAGUGAAUCCUGUAGUUCCCUUCUGCCCUCAUUCCUUCCCCGAAGAAAACUUCAUUACCCAGAUUUUAGAAAAACACAAGCUAGAUGGUUCUUCUGGGGGGGAUAUUAAGGUGUGCCUGGACAUCUUGCUCAAGUGCUCAGAGGAUCUGAAAAAGUGCACGGACAUAAUCAAGCACUGCAUCAAGAAAAAGUCUGCAGAUGUUGUUGGUGGAGGGAACAGCAAUGAUCCCCUGGCUAAUUCAGAGAUGAUAUACAUGAAUCUGAUGACAAGAUUUUCUUCCUACCUGAAAAAGCUGCCCUUUGAGCUGAAGACUGCAGGGCAGAGGGAAGCAAGUGACUGGGCAGAGCUGAUGAACUAUUUCCAUGGCUUGCAGCAAAUUCCCUUUCCCCUGGAGCAGCCACCCAGGUAUGAAGAUAUCAUUCAGCUGCCAUCCUCAAGUGCAGUUCCUCUCGUUCCACCAGGUCAGAGUGAGGUGACAAGCACCUCCCAGUCCAUCCAGACAGGUACUGUGAGCUUCACCUCCAACUCCCUGCCCAGUGUCCCUCCAGAGAGCAGCGUGAGAGCUGUGAAAGAUGUUCUACCUCAGUCACCAGCCCCGAACCCUUGCGAGUGCACAUCUGCCACUGAGGCACUGUACAUCGAGGAGGAGUCUGAUGGGGACAGAGCAGCAGGGACAAAGAAGGCAGAGCAGAAGCGGGGCUGGCAGGGGCUGGAGUGCAGCUACCAGCAAGCUGCUGGUUCAGACCUUCCUGCUGGUGCUAAAGCAGAGUGGGUCAGGGCAGGAAAUGCUGCUGAGAAAACCGCUCCUUUAAAACCAGUGUCGGAACCUGUGUUGUGUGGUGCCCAAGCUGCUGUCCCCAAAGGAGCCCAGACAUGCAGUAGGGUGGACAAGGAGGAGAUAGACAAACUGCUGCUGGACUUGGAGUGCUUCUCACAGAAAAUGGAGAGUACUCUGAGGGAACCCUCUUGGAGGGAGGGUGAACCUGCCUCACUGCAUGUGUCUGGCAGGCAGGGUAGGCAGGCUCCACCUCUGGCUCUUGAACCCAAAAGUAAACCUGCUGAUCCCCCUUCUUUGUCAAAAAUAAUGGAAACCAAUGGUCAUAAAAUGGAAGAGGAUGACAAAGCCCUUUUACUGCGUAUCCUGGGAAGCAUUGAGGACUUUGCCCAGGAGCUGGUGGAAUUCCAGACAGGCAAGGGAAGUUUGUCCAAGGAGAGGGAAGUGAUGCAAAUUCUCCAGGAAACUUUAUCAACUCCUUCACAGUCCCUGCUUGCAGGGCAAAAAAGCCAUGUUGGGGCUGCCUCCAGAGACUCUGUCCCAGCUUCAAUUCAGCAGGCCCCAGAAGUAAUAAAGGUUCAAAGUAAACAAGAGAAGAAGGCAGGAGCCUCAUCCCCAGCCCCCCUGCAGCCUGUGGUUAGCACUUGCACUCCUCUGCCUGUGAAUAAAGCCACCAGCAGUACCCCUGUGCCCAUAAACAUUCCACGUUUCUACUUCCCUAAAGGACUCCCGAAUGUCUGCACUAACCACGAAGAAAUCAUUGCCAGGAUUGAAGAGGCCUUUACAGAGUUUGAAGAUGAGAAAGCAAGCAUCUGUGAAAUGGGGAAAAUAGCUAAGAUCUGUGGCUGCCCACUCUACUGGAAAGCACCUCUGUUCAAUGCCGCAGGGGGAGAGAGGACAGGACGUGUCUCUGUGCACUCCUUUGUGUCCAUGUGGAGAAAAAUCCUGCGGAGCUGCCACGACGAUGCCUCCAGGUUCACUUACCUCCUGGCAAAGCCUGGCUGUGACUGCCUUCAACAGGAGGACUUCAUCCCUCUGCUCCAGGACGUGGUGGAAACGCAUCCUGGCCUCACGUUCCUGAAGGAUGCUCCGGAGUUCCAUUCCCGCUAUAUUACAACGUUUGGCACAUUCCUCUUUAAUGUUACAAAAUCCACCAGGAGGCAAUGGAGGAAACAGCUUUGUCCUUGGAUUUUGAGACCACUUGGAUCAUUUUCAUUGCUUCAAGGUAGAGUGCGUUAUACCUCCUUACAGAGACAGAAUGCUGUAUUUGCUGUCACACGAGAAUUACAGUUCAUGUUUGUGUUACAGACAAGGGCCAUAAGGACUCAUGACUUUGUGAUUAGUGCUGGGUACAGCAUCACUUGGCUGAAAUCUCCUGGAGAGUGACCUCACAGUCUAGGAUGGAGACAACUCUUGAAGCUGGUGAAGAUGAAGCAGAACAUCAAUGAGUAUCCUGUUGCAUUUGUUGUAAAGCUUUAGUGUGAAUUCUACCCAAAUAUUCAAACCAGGCUCAGAGUUAGCAGUGCAUGCUGCUCUUGGAAAGCUGUGAGCUAAAAACAAUUUAAAGAUUAAAGCUUGUGGAAAAGUGCUUCAGCUUAUACAGUAGCACCAAUGCAAAUGUGUAAGGGGGCAAUGGCCACAGGGAUUAAUAAAGAUUCCUGUUUUGUCCAAAAAUGGCAUUGUUUUUGUUCUUCUGUGGGAAGACUGGGGAAAGGUCUGGAAGUCAUCCAUUAAUGGUUUGGGCCUGGAGGUCAAUUACAUGAGGAUAAUGGGCAAGUAGAAAGAGGCUUCUCUUUCCAAAGGCUAGUUAAGAAUUUGACUCCAUGAUCCUUGUGCUUUCUUCCAAUUCAAUAUGUUCUAUGGGUCUAUGGUUGUGUACUGAACUCAGAAAAAUGAAGCCAAUUAUGGCCUAAGUGACAAGUGUGACUUGCAUGCUGCACAUAAUUUCAGGCUGGGUAAUGAUGCUCUAGGACAUUUCCCAAAUGCUUUUUUUGACAGCUUGGUGUUUACAACCUGGAAAAGAAAAAGAGAAGUACUGAGAUUUUUUUUAGUGAGAUAUAUAUACUAUGUACUGUCCAUGGGAACUGGGCCAUUAUUUGAAUAAUAAAGCCUUCACUGAUGACUGGAAUGGUAAGAGACAUGAAAAGAGAUGCCAUUUUACCUCUGAAUGGCGUAUUUUUACAGAUAGGUGAAGAGGGAGCAGAUGAAACAUCUUUAUCAAUGUGGUCUGGUAGACAAACAGUUUUUUAUGAGUCACAAAUGGGAAUAGUUUGUUGUCUUUUACUACCCUGCAGGCAGAGGAGAAGAAGAAUUACUGACAUAGGGUCCUGUUUCUUAUUCUUGAGGUUGCUAUUUUUGAGUCCUUGGAAUGGUGUGAACACCCUGUAUUUUUAAGAGCUGCUACAAAGUUGUCAGGUGUGAUAAUGGGUGAUGUGUGAGGUGAGACCACUCCAGUCUCUGAGCUCUUGUGCAAGCUGGAAGCAAAAGCCAAACAAAGUCCAGAAAUAGAGACCAGAAUGGCAGUGGCUGCCAAAGGCAUGAAAGAAGAAACAAACAUUGUGCUUAAGACCAGAAAGGAUCAUUGUGAUUACCUAAUCUGACCUCUUGUGCUACACAGGCCACAGAACAUUGCUCAGUGAUAGCUACAGUUAUUAUAGAUCUGUUUUUUGGUCUGUUUUUAAUUAAAAUGGCACCCAACUUUGAAAGGAUAUUCACCUCUUAGGCCUGGAUUGAUGAGGAGCUUGCAGUGUUACCCAAUCAUGUUCAGUUAAGUUGAAUCUAUCAAUUCUGUCUCUUGGGGUACAUUUUAAUUCUCACAUAAUUCUUGUUGCUCUCACAGUUGUGUGUGUCAUCAUCAAUUACUGUCUCACUGUGUAUUCCAAAGCAGACUGUUGGAAGCAAUCUCAUACUUGGUUCUGAAUCCGUUCUUGACUAAGAACCAGCAAUUGUUUGACUGAGUCCAAAGAUGGCCCUUCAGUAGUGGUUGCCCACUGGAAACUAGAUCUGGCUGAAAGUGAAAUCCUUCCCAUUUAAUCUGCUAGGUGGAUUAAUCCCUGUCAUGUCCACAUUGUUCUCAGAAGUUAAUUUUUGUGUUAGAGUAGUGUGCACUAAACAUUACCAAAAUUCUGGAGUAAUGUGCCAACAUGUCAGAGACAUCAAAGGUUUGUAGUAGGUUUGGUCAACAAGAUUUCAGUGCUGCUACUCAAAUUAAUUCUAUUCCUCCUUUCUUGUGCCAGUGGUAUUUGUUGUUCUUUGCCCUGUUAGGUUUAUUCUUGCAUGUGCUUGGUCACACAUUUGUGUUUGCCCCACUCUGUGAUGAUACUUGACAGCUGACAAGGAGCAGAUUGGGAAGUGCUGUCUGCUUUUUGAGGAGCUUGGGAGUGAGCUCAGUCUCACACUGUGAGCUGUUUGAUUUUGGCUUCUGAGGGUUCUAUGCCUCUCCCCUAUGAUUUUUGCUCACUUGCACCAGAGGCAGAUCUGGAAAGGAGGCAAAUGGGGUUAACACCUGCCCAAAAUAAUUGCAAACAGAACCUCUCCUGUUUACUUUUAGUAGAGGUACUGGGAGCACCAGUUUGUUACAUAUAUAUAUAUAUAUAUAUAUAUAAUAUAUAUAUAAUUGUUAUAGCUACAAUGGAUCAGACAUUAACAGACAUUUCAUUUAUGUGUCUUGCUUCCUCUGCAGGAACCAAGUCCUUUUUUUUUUUUUUCCCCCUCCCUAGAACCCUAUUUCAUUGGGGUUCUAGGCAAACUGUCCCCUUAAAUGUGAAAAACUCAAAGUGAUUCAUCAGCGCUUUGAACAUAUUCCCUGACAUAAAUAAUACAUCUGCAUGCCUAAAGAGGUGAAUUUAGAGCAGUGAAAAUGUUUUCAGACUGGAAAGGGAUAAUUCUGUUUAAAAAGCAAAUGUUGCUUUCAGACUGUGUAGUCAAUUAAGGAUUGUAGUAUCUACAGAAAAAGAUCCCAAAACAGUUUUCAAAAAGAGGUCUCCUUAGGAUGAGUGACUAAACCAAGGUACUGCAUUUAAAUUCCUAAACUGCUGUGUUUCAGGAGUUGAUUUCAAGAGCACUG